ACGAAGCUUCCCUUUAUCUUUCCCUCACCUUCUUCUAAUUCUCUCUCAAUUUUCCCCUUUUCUCUUUACAAUUUUCCGCCAUGGUCAAAGCCGGAACUCUCACCAAGCUCAAGUCAGCCAUUAAGAGAUGGCCCUCGAUCACCAAGCUCGGUCGAAGCUCCAGCUCCGUUUCGGUUGCCGCAGUGAGCGAUGGUGCCAAUGUUGGUGAGAACAUCAACUCCAAGGAGCUUCGCACAGUCUAUGUUGGUAAGUCACGACGACCAUAUUUUGUCAGCUUAGAUGUCGUAACACAUCCUCUAUUUCAAGAGUUGGUUGAUAAGUCGUCGUCGUUUGACGAGGAUGGUGAGUUGGUGGUUUCUUGUGAGGUUGUGAUGUUUGAGCAUUUGUUGUGGAUGUUGGAGAAUGCGGCAACACAGUUGGGGUCGACGGAGGAACUCGUCGAAUUUUACACUUGUUGACUCAAUGGUUAUAGCAACGGAUGAACGACGGCAACAACGAACGACAUGCAUAAUACAAAGUCUAAUAAUUUGAUUAAGGUGUAAAGAUGUUGGUAGCUAAUGUUUGUUGAGAGAAGUUGGUCGUUGAUGGGAAUGUGUAUUUUUUUUUUUAAUUUUUAAUUUUGUGAUAAUUAAUCAUGAUUAAUUAAACAAUAUAAUUAAAGAUUGCUACUUAAUUAUAUA